CUUGGGGGCACGGAGGAGGAUGUUGUUAGCCACAGCGCUGGAUAUGAAAAUGGAAAGUCCCACACACACUUGGAUGUUGUAAAGUAAUGGGCUGAUUCCCACUUGUGUUCAAGAUGGCGAGAAACAGAAAGUGCAUCCUCUGUGAAACAGUCUACAUCUCCAAGCAGGAGAUGGAUGAGCACAUGAGAAGUAUGCUGCACCACCGUGAGUUGGAGAAGCUCAAAGGCCGGGACUGCGGACACGAGUGCAGAGUCUGCAAGGUAACGGUGGUGAGCCUGACCGAUUAUGCCAGCCACAUCUCCAGUCCCACGCACAAACAGAAUGUGGAGGCUGCAGAACAAAAGCAUUCUGGGAACGGCCAUGAGGAGGACUACUUCGAUCAGGUUUUGGUGGAUCUGAUUGAGAAGAGAAAAGAGCAGAUCAGAAAAGAGAAGGAGGCUGCUGCUGCAAAGCUGGCAAAAGAAGAAGACGAUCGAAGGAGACAGGAGGCGUUUCAGCAGAGGUUAAAGGAAGCUAAGGAGCGUUACCGGUUGGAUUGUGCCUGGCAGCAGCCUUCACAGGGGUUCAGUGGAUCCAGUCAGCAAAGUUCUUGGUAUAAGAGCAGCCGAUAUAAUAGCAGCCGAUAUAAUGCCAGAGCAGGGGAGCCACGACCCUGGCAUCACAGUAAACAGGGGAAGAGCGCCACCUGGCAUGCUCAGGAGCCUCCCAACUUUGAGAAAUGGAGAGAGUUUACUGGUGAAAGCUUGCAUAGUCAGGAAGGUUGGGGCAAUAAGCAGUGGGAUCAGGGUUCUUUUUCUGGCAAUCAGCGAAGUCGGCUGCCUUGGCUCAGCGAUGGAGGCAGUAGUAGUGGGUUCUAUGGCAGAAACAAUUUUUCACAGAACCCACGAAGAGGCCGGCCCCUGAGCCUUGUGGGCCCUCCUUUUACGUAUCCGCCUUCACCCAGUUUUUUUGCCCAGGCUCUCAACCAGUUCCAAAAUACAGGCAAUGAUCAGGGAGGGCAGCAGGGUGAUGGGCAUCAGAAUGGGGAGGGACAAUCAGCAGAACGUGAACACAUUGGUAGUAAGAGCUCUAAGACCUUUGGUAGCAAUCCAAAGCUGGACAAAGCCUGUCGUUGGUCACCAUAUCCUGUCACAAAGGGUGUUGAAUCUUUACCCAACAAGGAUACCAACACAAACUCAUCAGAAAAGUACCCCAAAGUCCCCAAACCCCAGAAGCAAGAUAAGGCACCGGAAACCAGUGCCGUUAAGAGGCAGUCCCGACCUGAACAGAAAACAGGGCCGUUGACGUCCAGUGGACAAAGUGUGGAAGAAAAAGGGAGGCAUAAAAUGAACCCCAAAACCAAACCUAGAGAUCGAAGUAGCAGCAGCAGUAGAAGCAGCGGAGCUCAGAGAGAUGAACACCUGAACUCUGAAUCUGGUUCUUCUAAUCAGAAGCCAAAUAAGCCAUUGCAACAUAAAGAUUGGAAGAUGUCCUCAAAAUUUGAUCUCAACAGUAGAGCUCAACUCAGCAAGGCCUCCAGUCAAGCACAAGCAAAAUCAACCACUAAGCAGAGUGGAUUCAGUCUCCAGGCUCAACCUGUAGGGCCCCUUCAAUCAAGGAAAGAACAGCAGCUCCCCGAAACAUUCAAGAAAGCCAGACAGAUUGUGUUAGAAAAGAGGGCCUCUUUGGAUGUCUCUAGAAACAACAGGAUGGAAAUGGCACUGCACAUUGUGGAGGAGCAGCAGAGGGAUCAUGUACAGAGUCAGAUUGGGGUAAACAAAGAAAAUAGCUGUAGGCAGAAUGCGGCUAAACCAAAUUUACCUGAUUUACCUGACUCAGUCGGGUCAGAAACGCCAGCAUUUCAAUGUUCAGACAGUAGCCACUCUCUCCAGUCGUUGCAAGUUAGCACCUCUACCAUGGAGACCUCAGAGCCUGCAGCCUCAAGCAGGGAAGAGGAAGAGACCCCAAAGAAAGACGAGAAGGAACCAUGCCCAGUGGCCCCAGCUGAAGCCAUGCAGGCUGUCGAAGCAGGACAGAGCUCUGAGAGUGACACCUCCAGAAGUGGUGAAGCACAGUCUGUCUCAGGGUCAAACACAUCAAGUCUGUCCAAACUCGACCUGCCUCCUGUCUUAAAACGCGACCUGACCAAACACAUCAGCUCUAAGAGUAAAACAGGUAGCCACGAGCCCAACCUGAACAUUGCCAGACGGGUGAGAAACCUGAGCGAGUCACGGAGGAGUGACACCGAAAAGGACUCAGGCCUCAAACCAACUGUACGGCAGCUCAUCAGCUCCUCCGGGUCUCGACGCAAUGUGAACUGGGAACAGGUGUAUCAAGAGGUCAGGAAGAAGCAAGACAAAGGAAAGGGCAUGCCAAGGUUUGGGAUAGAGAUGGUGCCAUUAGACCAGGAGGACCAGAGUCAGGAGGAGGAUGACAUCCCCUUGCUAGAGGGUUUCCAAUGGGACUCGUUGAUGGAUGUCUCUGCCUCGGGCGCCUCCCGAAAACGCUCCUUAUCGGAGAGCAGCCUCGCCCCCGCCUCCACUCACUCCCUGUUCACGUCCCUGAUGUCCAAGGAGACGGGACAGAGAGAAGGCCUCAGCUCUGAGCAGCAGGGAUCUUCUGUUUCUCCCAGUCCUAUCUUCACUCAAGGGAACAAAGACAAUCAGCGGCAGCAAGAAGUGGAACAGUUGCUUGGUCAGUUUGAGGCUAAAGCACAGCAGCAGCCAGAGAAACUAACGUCAGCGACAGUGAAGGCCCUCCAGAGGUCUGAUUCAGUGCUCGGGGACAGCAGUUCAGGGACGGAGUACGAUGCCCUGGGAACAGGAAAGAGGCGAAGAGCAGCUGGGGAUAUUCCAAGUGCAGAGACUUCUUGCGUGGAGCACAAUAGCAAAAGAAGGAAGGUCAAAUCCAAAAAAGAGCGCUUACAAAUCGACCAGCUGCUGGCUGUUUCUCUGCGGGAAGAAGAGCUGAGCCGCUCCCUGCAGACUGUGGACACCAGCCUGAUCCAGGCCCGGGCUGCACUGGAGGCCGCUUACAUGGAGGUGCAGCGUCUCAUGGUGGUUAAGCAGCAGAUGACUGGAGAGAUGAACACACUGAGAAACAAGCGCAUCGAUUUACUAAAAGGGAUGCAAGGCAGCAGGGAGGAAGCACCUCAGGUCAAACUAAAAGAAGAAAAGAUGGAUUCAGUAGAAGCUGAGCAUCACCUACUGUCCUCCAUUACUUUUUCCUGUGUGACGGAUACUGCAGCUGCCCCCAGUCCGAGUCCUCGUGCCGAGCGUGCCUCCCCUCCCUCUCCCAGCCUUCCCUUCAGGCCUGUAGUUAUCAAGCAGGAGCCUCAGUCUCCUGUCCAUGUCAGCUCAGAGCUGGACUCAGUGGACAAUAUAACCCACUUUGCUCACAGCACCACUCCAGAGCUGCUUGUCGCUCCCGCCUCUCCACCAGCUCCUGCCUCAAAUUUUCAGCCAUCACCUGAAAGAAAGCCUGAGCUGUACCAAACCAACACAGAACAUAACUGGGAGAACUUUUGCAAGCCUGCAGACUGCAAAGAGAGCCUGUCAGGACUGGUUGAGACGACGGAAAAGGCCAUACAGGCAACAAGGAACGCUCUCACUCCUUCAGCUGACUCCAAAGCUUCCAUUCUGUCAGCCUGCAGACGGGGCUCUGAGGUGGGGACUGUUGUUGACUGUUCAGCCAUACAGUCCUUUGAGCCCCCCUCAGUCCCCUCAGUCCUUAAUGUGCCUGCCUCUCCAUCUGAACUGAGGAACGGGAAGCGUAUAAGGAAGCUGAAGAAGAGGAAGGUGCUGAAGAAGGCCCUGGGGACAGAGCAGCCUGAGAGCAGUGACACUGAGAUUGAUGGAGAGGCCAUGAGGCCGAGGUGGCUCCGACCACGCAGGAGACCCAGCGGAAGCUCUCAGGUCAGUACCUCCACUCAGCCGUCAGAGGAUAGAGACGCUGACAUGAACCUGAAGGAGGGCGAGGAGGCCUCCGGGCAGCUGUUUGCGACCAUCAAACAUGAGAACGCAGACCACAAGUCCCCAAAACACGUGGUGGAGCUUCCCCAGGUGGCGCCCGCUGAACUUACAUUGAACUUAGAUUCAGAAGAAAGCAUGGAGGUCACCGCAGCCUGCCAGCAGCCCCACAUGGAUGCCCUGGUUCCAGCUUCCUCUCCAGCACACAUCCCAGACUCCUCCAGACCUGAGCCACACAGCCUGGCCUGCAACGAGGUCACCUCCACCAGCGACAUGGAUGUGUGUAAAUCCUCUGAGAGUGACGCUCAGACUACCAUCACAUUGCCCAAGAUAACCAAGGCCUCAUCAGAUGCGUCAUCGGACCACGGUGAGGAUGAUUUGCCCACCGAGGGUGUGUUCGAGGGCCACCAGGAGGCAGUGAACGCCAUGCAGAUCCACAACGGGCUGCUGUACACGUGCUCAGGAGACCGGACCGUCAAAGCCUUCGACCUGGUGAGCCGCAAAUGUGUUGGUGUGUUUGAGGGUCACAGCUCUAAAGUGAACUGCCUGUUGGUGUCUGCGGCUCCCUCCCUGCAUCAUCGCCUUUACUCUGGAUCCAGUGACCAAACCAUCCGCUGCUACAGUCUCAAGACACGAGAGCUGGAGCAGCAGUUCUCCCUGUCAGACCGAGUCCUCUGCCUCCACAGUCGCUGGAAGUUUUUGUACGCUGGUCUGGCAAACGGCACAGUGGUGACCUUUAACCUCAAGACAAACAAGCAGAUGGUUGUGUUGGAGUGCCACGGGCCGCGGGCCGUGAGCUGUCUGGCCUCGUCACAGGAGGGAGCCCGGAGGAUCCUGCUGGUCGGCUCCUACGACAGCACCAUCAGCGUGAGAGACGCCAAGAACGGACUGCUGCUGCGCACACUGGAGGGACACACCAAAACUGUCCUCUGCAUGAAGGUGGUCAAUGAUCUGGUAUUUAGCGGAUCCAGUGAUCAAUGUGUCUACGCACACAACAUCCAUACAGGAGAGCUGGUGCAGGUCUAUAAGGGCCACAGCCAUGCUGUUACUGUAGUGGCCGUCCUGGGGAAGGUGAUGGUGACCGCUUGUCUGGACAAACUGGUCCGCGUCUACGACCUGCAGUCGCAUGACCAGGUGCAGGUCUACGGUGGACACACGGACAUGGUGAUGUGUAUGGCUGUCCACAAGAACAUGAUCUACACAGGCUGUUACGAUGGCAGCGUGCAGGCCGUCAAGCUGAACCUGAUGCAGAACUACCGCUGCUGGUGGCACGGCUGUUCGCUGGUGUUCGGGAUGACGGAGCAUCUACGGCAGCACCUGAUCAGCGACCACCACAGUGCCAACUCCCAGACGCUCAAGUGCCGCUGGAAAGACUGUGACGAGUUUUUCUGUGCCCGCAACAGCUCCAAGCAGGGGAUGCUGGUCCACAUGCAGAAACAUGCUCAGGAGGAGAUUGAACUGGAGCUUUAAGGGCUGGCGGUGGGAACGAUGUUUCUCCCCGAGCCCUCUUCCCUUUCCUGCUAUCUUUACCCCCCCUCCCUCCCCCUGUUAACCUCCCAUAUUGGGGGGGAUGAUCACAGGACCCACUUAACUGAGCAGCGCUCCCGCCGAGCCUGAUGAGUGGCGUCUGACGACUCCAUCCUUUACGUUCAGUGUUGGAAUCCAACCAUAAUACAAUCACAAAGGGAGGGUUGGUUGUGCUGUUGUUUUUUUACGUCCUACAGAACACGCCUUCCUCUCUCUCUCUCUGUCUGUCUGACCACUGCAGCUCCUCUUUUCACUGACCAAACUAAGACAAAGAAUCGUUUGACUUUUGUUUAUUGAAGAAACUUCAGUGUUGCCAGUGUCGGAGGGAUUUGUUCAGCUUUACGGUUCAAACUGCAUCAGAAAGCGAUGAUCAUCUUCCGGACUGGUUGGCUACGAUAUGGCAUGGGCUAAGAGAUGUUUUUAUUGUUGUUGUGCAGUUGUGAUGUGUCAUGUUGAGCAACCUUUUCUUUUCUUUUCUGUGGUUUAUUAUUCACUCAGAGUAACUUCAUGACAGUAAUGAGUGACUCUAAGUCUUUACAAACUCAUGGUGUAGUCUCCCAGUCGUGUUUGUUUUGUUUUGAAGGAUUUUCAUUGAAGUGACAGUUUAUUUUGUUUUUGGUUUGGUUUUUAUUUCCAGAUUUUAUUUUAUUUUUCUCAACAGUCUCCUUUUGUUUUGUUUGCAGUUUAGGAUUCCUUUAUUUUUUUGUUGCUCAGUGAUAUGAAGGCGUUGAGGGACUUUGGUGCAGUGUUGUGUGACUUGGCCUGAAGUUGCCAUUUGAGAAUUUACAUUUGCAGUGAUAACAGAACCAAGACAUGGUGGCGGUGUUUAUCUGUGUGGGUUCAUUCUUCCUAAAUGUGAACAGAGGGGUUUAACCCUGUUUGAAGAACCCUGUUUUCCGUGAGUGAGUGUGACGUACUGUUUUUAUAACACAAACGUCUCCUGCUUGGAGAUUUUUGUAGUUUAUUUUAUAUUUGGGAGCACCGAGCUGAAGGCUCCGGAGCUGCAUUUUCCCACAGUGAAGAUAGUUUUCUAAUGAACUGUGGAGGUGAAGGAUGUUUGAGGAGGUGUCCGAUGGAAGCGUUAGAAGGGAAGAAUUAGGAUUCAUCUCCCAUGCCAUACUUCACCGCUGAAAACAGGCAAGUUGGUAACACAGAGCCACUUUUUUAAAAGGCGUAUUCAACCAAUUUUAACCAGUGCGGAAGCCCAGCCCGUGCUCUUUUACAUACUUUAGUGUGGUUACAGCUCUCUUGGUUGUGUCCUCUUUCGAGGAUUUGUCCUCAGCAGAGUUAAUCUGACGUUCUCACAGCCGCCGUCUUCCAAACUCGCCUCAUCUGUUUGUUACUUAUGAUUGAAGGAAGCGUGCAGUUCACCUCUUACCUGGCAUUCCUGAGUUUCUUCAAGUUUUUCAGUUGUUAUCAAAGUUGUGAAGACAUAUUUUAUAAGAAAGUGCAAUCUAAACAUUGUUAAUAAUAAUUAAAAAGUUGCAAUGU